UGGUGAUACUGAUAUUGAGGCCCAGUCCACCGAGUCUAUAUGGGUUAGGGUUACAGCAUAAACCCUCAUAUUUAAGCAAAUCCGAGACACUCAGUAGUCAGAUCUGCUGCUUCUCAUUGUUGAAAAGAAACCCUAGCAAGUGGAGCAAUGGCAGACGUUGAAGUCGAUGUGGCGGCAGCAGCAGCAGCAGGGCUGCCGAAGAAGAGAACGUUCAAGAAGUUCAGUUUUCGAGGCGUGGAUCUCGAUGCACUUCUCGACAUGUCCACCGAUGAACUCGUCAAGAUGUUCAGUGCCCGCGCUCGUAGAAGGUUCCAGAGAGGCCUCACUAGAAAGCCCAUGGCCUUGAUCAAGAAGCUCCGUAAAGCGAAAAGGGAAGCUCCACCAGGUGAGAAGCCAGAACCAGUACGCACCCACCUCCGCAACAUGAUUAUUGUGCCUGAGAUGAUUGGUAGCAUUAUUGGAGUGUACAAUGGCAAAACCUUUAAUCAGGUUGAAAUCAAACCUGAGAUGAUUGGGCAUUAUCUUGCUGAGUUUUCUAUUUCAUACAAACCCGUUAAGCACGGGAGACCUGGUAUUGGUGCUACUCACUCAUCCAGGUUUAUUCCUCUUAAGUGAAGACUGUUAUUGGGAAAGCUACUUCUUAGUUUGUAGUGGUUCUGAGGAAAACCUUCGACUCCUAUCAGAGAUUUUGUUUGUUGUUGCGCAUUUUAUCGAGUUGUCUAUCUAUGUUUUGACAUGAUUUAUCAUGACUUAAUUCUAUAGUAUCAAGAUUUUACUGUUUAAUCCAUUGAAGUUUGUUUUAUUUAUUGACAUGUUUGUUGAGAUGGUA